AUGAUCACCAUCAUCCUCUUCCUUGCGGCGCUAGCGGUGUUUCUGGUGGUGCUGUCCAAGGCGUCGUCGACGUUGGAGGAGAAGGCGAGGGAGCACGAUGACGACGCCAACGACGCCGCGGCGAGCAACGUCAUGACCGUGGGAACCAACUCCAAAGUGUUCAAGUUCAUCAAGCAGUGGAAGGACACCCUGGUGGUACGGUUCAAGAUCCUGGUAACGCACUUCCAGAUCGUCACCACCUUUCCCGUCGUGCUCGACGUCCAGUGGCCGGAGGCCUUCAACCGAUACGCCGACAAGGUUUCUGUUAUCAGCCUGGACUUCUGGGGCCUGCUGAGCCAGAGCUGCUGGUUCCAGCCCGACUUCCUCAAGCAGCUCGUGUUUACCACGCUGCUGCCGCUCGGUAUCGUGGCUGUCCUCAUGGCUCAGUACGCCAAGACCGUCAGAACGCGCAGCACGGAGGCGUCGCGGCGCGCGGCUUUCGACAACACGGCCGGAGGCGUCUUGCUGACGGGGUUCUUCUUCUACAUCGUCACGAGCACGCUCAUCAUGGAGGCGUUCGACUGCCAGGACUUCGACGACGGAUCGAGCUACCUCAAGGCGGACUUCCGCAUCAGCUGCGGCAGCAACAAGUACACCUUUAUUUACGUUUACGCAAUCAUCAUGGCCAUCAUCUUCCCGGCGGGCAUCCCUCUCACCUACCUGGCCGUGCUGUACCUGGGGAAGGAGCGGAUCAACCCCGACCCUGUCCACCCGGAGGUUUCGAUCAAGAAGAGGGAAUCCGACGCCACGAUCAAGAAGACCAAGUUCCUGUGGGGGACGUACCGGCCAGCGGUGUACUACUACGAAGUGUGGGAGUGCGUCCGAAAGCUCUUCCUUACGGGUCUGCUCGUCUACUUCGAGCAGGGAACAUCUACGCAGGUGGUGAUUGCGAUGCUCAUCACCCUCGCGGGACUCCGCGUUCUGGCCGGUCUUCGGCCUUACCAGAGGGAAGACGAGAACAACCUGGCCGAGGCUUCGCUCUGGGUGACAUUCCUGACGCUGUUUGCGGGGCUUUUGAUCAAGGCCGACGUCGCCGAUGAGGAUGGGUACGACACCGUGGCGUUGGGAGUUAUCCUAUCGAUCAUGAACGCGGCCUUGUUUGCAUUGGCUGCAUUCCAGAUCCUGUGGACUACGAGCCAGUUCUUCAAGGAAAAGUGUGGCGGAGCAUUCGGAAUCGACAUCUCAAAGAAGCAGAGGCCGGACGGGCAAGGGCCCUCUUCCGGCAGGGUCGGCGAGCAGUACCAGCAACACCUUCAGCAGCAGCAGCAGCGGCAGCAGCAACGGCAGCAGCAGCACGCGCCGCUAUCCGCCUCUCCCGAAGCGCGGACCGCAAGGGCCGGCCGCCCAGAUGUCAGGCCUUUUGAACAGUCUCCUCGCCACCGCUCGCCGGUGCCGAUGAACAACCCGAUCCGCGGAGGCGGGAGGGUACCCCAACAAAGCGGCAAGGCCAACAACUACCGCUCCGCUGGCUCCGUGGCCUGAAACUGACGUUGGAUCUUUGUGUAUCUGUCUCUUCCGGCGACGAAUCGUUGAGUGCGCUAAUACUGGGAGAGACUGUGCCAAAACCGGCGGUUGAUGUGUAACAGCGAGGUCAGGAACACCUACCGCUCCUCCCUGGAUGCUUGUACGCAUACAUUUUGUUCCGAAAAAUGUACAGCAAUCGCGUCGGGGUCCAAGGCUUAAUUCAGUUUGGGAGACCGAUUGUAAAUUUCCGCCGCGUUUUUUUUGUCAAUCGUUCGUGACCGGCCAUUUUUCAAAGCUCGAAUGACUGACUACUGUUUCAGGGACGCACCCUAUGUGACCAACCGAGCCACGUCUCCCGCCGCGUGGAGCAGCAGCAGUUGGCGUUGUAGCGCCUUACGGGGCGUGAUCGUUUUGGCGAUGGUUCCGCCGCGGUCCUCUGCGUUCCAGGCUGGCGAGAAUUUAUCCACCCGCCGUACAAUACAUGUGGUAUCGUUUUGUUGCGUUGUUUGUUGUUGGGGUUUGGAGCCGGGAGGGGAACUGGCGAUGCCGUAUCGUGUGAUAGCUGUAUGUGGCAGGGCUAAGCUCAGGUGGUGUUUACAAGGGGCCAGAUGGAGUUCGCGGGGAGCAAUAUCUCCCGUGUUCUUUGCUGUGUCCGAUGUCCUGACUUUUUUCGGGGCAAGGGGCGGUGGGCGCCCCUGUCUGAUCGUAACGAUUUGUUUUUUUCAAUACUGGCCCGUAGGGAAAGUCUAAACUAUAGCCUUGGUUUAUUUUGUUGCCGCCCUUUCACGCGGCCUGUAAGGAUUCGCGGGCGUGGGAGAAGAUGCAAGAUUAUUAUGUGCAACUUCAUCUUGAACUGGCCACGCACCGGAGCUGAAGCGAAGAAGUUUUCUUGUCAGAUUCAUGACGUGUUGGCGAUAAAAUGUGGGGAUGUGGAUGUGUGCUGUGCAGUGGCGGCGCAGUUUGCCGGCCUUCGUGUGUUUUUUUUGUCGCGUCAGGUUUUCCCUCGUCCCUCCACCGGCCCAUUCGGUUGUGUACAGGCUACGACCGCGAUAUUCGUUUGAUUGGUACCCCGCGUUGUGUCACGAUGGGCGUCUCAUAGCAUGGUACAUAUGUUAAUGGUUGGAAAUUGUCGUGCUUCAACCUGUAGUGAUGUGUGUGUAGAGUAUGCGCCUACGGGUGCUAUAAACUUGUUUGUGGUAAGGGUUGACUCGCCGCCGUGUUCGUGCGAUCUCUUUGUGUGGGCACGGGGGAUGCGCGACGCGUACGAGCGAUAGCUAUAUGGUUGCGCUUCGGAAGCUUUUCAGUUUUUGGAGUUCCGCGCAGGGGUCGCAGUUGAAGGAGCUGUCAAGCUCUGUACUGACGGUUCCGUGCCAUUCACUGAUGUUGUACGAUGUUGGAGCCCCGAGAGGGGGUUAAAUUCCUCUACAGUUUAGGGCGUCGGGUGGCUUUCCAAUCACUUGCGUGUGCCGCUUGUUGGCAGCUGUGUUGAAACUAAACGAGCUCAGGAUUGAGUUCUACUGCGCUUGACCCACGCAAGUUUUCGUCGACUUGAACUUUGUUGAAUUGAAACACACGGCCAUGAUUCUC